CCUGCAGCUCUGUCUACCCCAUGGAGAGAGCCACUCCAUCAGAGAGUGGCCUGUGCCUGCAUCCAAGGAGUCAGGGCUGAGGAUGAGGAGACUCUUGGGAACCCAGAAGAUCAUGUCCUGCCUGAAUGCCCAGCCUGAAAGCCUGAAGGACCUGCCCUAACAGGGCUUCAGCAGCUGCCUGGUGAUUGCUACUUUGGCCCCUCUCUGCGUGAGCGCCUUGUCAACAUGAAAUACAUUCUCCAUUUGACCUUUGUGUGUCUGAGUCUCUUGACUCCAAGGAUGUGCAUCCAGGGGAAUCAGUUCAACAUUGAGGUCAGCAGAAGUGACAAGCUCUCCCUGCCUGGCUUUGAGAAUCUCACAGCAGGAUAUAAUAAAUUUCUCAGGCCCAAUUUUGGUGGAGAACCAGUUCAGAUAGCACUGACUCUGGACAUUGCAAGUAUUUCUAGUAUUUCAGAGAGUAACAUGUCUUUCUCCCCCCAAUCCAUUUCCACUACCUGGCUUCCCCCUCAGGACUAUACAGCCACCAUAUACCUCAGACAGCGCUGGACGGACCAGCGGCUGGUAUUUGAAGGCAACAAGAGCUUCACUCUGGAUGCGCGCCUUGUGGAGUUCCUCUGGGUGCCGGACACUUACAUUGUGGAGUCCAAGAAGUCCUUCCUCCAUGAAGUCACUGUGGGCAACAGGCUCAUCCGCCUCUUCUCCAAUGGCACAGUCCUGUAUGCUCUCAGAAUCACAACGACUGUUGCAUGUAACAUGGACCUGUCUAAAUACCCCAUGGACACACAGACAUGCAAGUUGCAACUGGAAAGCUGGGGUUAUGAUGGGAACGAUGUGGAGUUCAGCUGGCUGAGAGGGAACGACUCGGUGCGUGGGCUGGAAAACCUGCGUCUUGCUCAGUACACCAUACAACGGUAUUUCACCUUAGUCACCAGAUCACAGCAGGAAACAGGAAAUUAUACACGACUGGUCUUGCAAUUUGAGCUUCGGAGGAAUGUCCUGUAUUUUAUUUUGGAAACCUAUGUUCCUUCCACUUUCCUGGUGGUGUUAUCCUGGGUUUCAUUUUGGAUUUCCCUUGAUUCAGUUCCUGCAAGAACCUGUAUCGGAGUGACCACCGUACUGUCAAUGACAACACUGAUGAUUGGGUCCCGCACUUCUCUUCCUAACACCAACUGUUUCAUAAAAGCCAUCGAUGUGUACCUGGGAAUCUGCUUUAGCUUCGUGUUUGGGGCCCUAUUGGAAUACGCAGUUGCCCACUACAGCUCUUUACAGCAGAUGGCAGCCAAAGACAGGGGGACGGCGAAGGAAGUGGAAGAAGUCAAUAUUACUAACAUUAUCAACAGCUCCAUCUCCAGCUUUAAACGGAAGAUCAGCUUUGCCAGCAUUGAAAUUUCCGGUGAUAAUGUUGACUAUAGUGACUUGACCAUGAAAACCAGUGACAAGUUCAAGUUUGUCUUCCGAGAUAAGAUGGGCAGGAUUGUUGAUUAUUUCACAAUUCAAAACCCCAGUAAUGUUGAUCGCUAUUCCAAAUUACUAUUUCCUUUGAUUUUUAUGCUAGCCAAUGUAUUUUACUGGGCAUACUACAUGUAUUUUUGAGAGUAUGCUGAAUUGUUUGCAUGUCAUGGUUCUUCAAAAGAACAAAGUAAUGAUGCAAGCAGUUUUCGAAGCCAAGUGUGCGUGCUAAACAAGUGAGUAGAUAGCAUCUGAGCAUUUCUCCUCAAAGAAUAUUCCCCUUCCCAUUAUUUAAGCUGUGUAGAAGUCCUAGCAUUACAGAGUCUUAUAAUAGAAAUAACAAGUCAUUCCUUUUUUAUCUUUACCAAAGACAUCCCCAUGGAGCCUAAGAUUACAAACCUACUCAGGGUUGACUAUUUGCUCAGUGACUCCCUGGUCUGCAUUUACCUCAUAUAAAAAAAUGAGAAGGAAACUAUUAUAUGUAUUGAGUAACCCUCAAGUGCCAGGGGUUGUUUCUAAAUUAAUCACACGUGCUAUUUACUAAAUCUCUGCAGUGCUUAUAAAAUGUAUUGUUACCUAUUUAGGGAGUAACACUUUCUAGUUUUUGUUUUUGAUUAAAAUGAAAUGUGGGCCUAAGUCAAUUCACUGAAAGUCACUGCACUAACUCAAUACCAAGAUGAGUCUUUAAUACAGUAUUUCAUACUACAGCAGAAUAGUCCCCAAACUCCAAUAAGUUCUAUGACUAAAAAAUCACAUGUAAAUGAAGAAAACAUUAAUAGAUCAACAAUCUCAAAUGCAAAUUUGUUUCUAAGAUAUAAUGGAUUCCCCUGAAUCCAAACUGAAAGGGCUCUGGGGCUUUACUCUCCCAUUUGAUAUGUCUUAUCAUUUUUCUAUUAUACACACACCAGUCCUCAACAAUGCUGAAGCCCUUUCCCCACAUCAGGGAUAGAAAUGGAAGAUUGUUUAAAAAACUUAUUCUAAGGAGUCUUACUAAGAGCUGCGGCCAACAAUACAUGUAGAAUUGAGUCCAUUUCUAUCUGCUACUCUGACACUGAGCACCACGUUCCAAGCAGCAGAUCUCCUGCAUCCUUCCAAGAGGAGCUCUUAACCCUAUACUCUAAUGACUAGGAGGGAUGCUUAUCAGAUAAUGAGCUGCAUUACCAAGAAACAAGUGGCUUACAACAAGCUUGGUCUUGCUCAGAACCCCAAUCCUUCUAGCUGGACUACUCUGAGUAGCUUUUCCUGCAUGAGUAGGAGAAUGUUGGCCUAGAGUCCUGAACUUUUUGAGUAACAAUGGGACUUGUUCCAGAAUAUACGUGCAGGCUGCAGAUGAGCUAUCUUUUCCCAGUCCAGCCACUCUCACUCUGACACAAGAAGCACAUUAUGUGCAUCCUUGCUCCUUGGUCAAGUUCAGCCAACAGCAUUAUAAGUGGAGACUUGUCAGUGUGCCAUGAGGGAGGCGCCAAGAUGGUGGAACAGCACGGAAAGUUUUUUUGCAUUGCUCACCCCUGAGAUGUCAGUUCAGCCUCAACCUGCAUAAAAAGAAUCCUGCCAUCUUUAAUUCUCUAACUUCUUUUGUUAUGCCUUUACCUUUUCUUUCAGAAAAUGUAUGCCUUUACCUUUUCUUUCAGAAAGAAACCAUGGCUUCUCUCUUCUAUAACCUCCUGUACCAUAGGCUCUCAUUCUUUUUCUCUUUUUGAUAAUUCUCACAAUUCAGUGUCUAGUGAGCUUUUAACAUAAUGUUCUAAUGCAAAGGAAUUAAACGAGGUGGAACGUGGUUGUAUGGUCCAAUCAUAUUUGUGAUUUAAAAAAAUAAAAGUUUAAAAGGAAAUAUCUGCUCUGAAACUCUGUUCAGGCAUUAUAUAUAUUUUUAAAAAGCUGUACAGUGUGCAACUGUGAAAUAAACAUACCAUAUUAACUACCCACCAAA